UUUAGCACCUUUUGCACCUCGUGUGUCAGAGGGACAACUGCAGAGUACGACACGGCAGAGGACAGACUUUACCCACUCAAUCCCAUUUGUGCUCUGAGAAGUUGGCGCGCAUCCUUUUAAAGUGUAGCCCGUGUUCCGUCUGUGAUCCGCUGUGCCAAGGAUGCUACUGGAUCAGAGGGGCGCAUUCCGCGUCUCUGUUUUACUGGCUUGUGUGAUAAUCUGCAGUAACGUGCUAUGUCCCGUCGGUGCCUAUCUCUACAACAACCGCUACGCAGGCGAUCAAAUCUUCAGGAUAACCCCGAGCAAUGAGGAGGAGGUCCAAGUGCUACAGAAAAUUCUGGGACACAUGAAGGUGGACUUCUGGCAGCCCAACAGUGUGACUCUAAUCUGUCAAAAUGAAACUGUGGAUGUCCAUGUGCAACGCAACGACACGCGGGGUUUACAUGCACACUUAAAGCAGCAACAUCUUGAUUAUCGCGUGUUUAUCUCCAAUCUGCAGAAGGAAAUUGAAAAGCAGACGGGAUAUCGCUCCUCUCGCAAGCGGAGGUCAGAGUCUCAGUAUGACUACGAGGUUUACCACUCUCUGGAAGAGAUCCAGAGCUGGAUGUUUGAGAUGAACCGAACAAACUCCGGCCUGGUUGAUAUGUUCUCCAUCGGGAAGUCGUACGAGGGGAGGCCCCUUUAUGUGCUUCAGAUAGGAAAGAGAAGUCGUCAUCAGAAGAAAGCCGUGUGGAUCGACUGUGGCGUCCACGCCAGAGAGUGGAUCGGACCUGCUUUCUGCCAGUGGUUUGUCAAAGAGGCCAUCAACUCAUACCAGCAUGACUCUGUGAUGAGACGCCUUCUUCACCAGCUCAACUUCUACAUCAUGCCUGUCUUCAAUGUGGAUGGAUAUCAUUUCAGCUGGACCACGGAUCGGUUCUGGAGAAAAACGCGGUCCAAAAACCACAGGUUCCACUGUAGAGGAGUGGACGCGAACAGAAACUGGAAAGUGAAAUGGUGUGAGGAGGGGGCCUCGUCUCACCCCUGUGAUGACACCUACUGUGGUCCCUUCCCCGAGUCUGAACCGGAAGUCAAGGCCGUCGCCAAGUUCUUGCGCAAGCACAAGAAACGCGUCAAAUCGUAUAUAUCAAUCCACGCUUACGCCCAAAUGCUGCUUUACCCCUAUUCCUACAAGUACGCCUCUAUCCCCAACUUCAACUGUGUGGAGUCAGCAGCUCAUGAUGCAGUGACAGCACUGUACUCUGCCUAUGGAGUGAGGUACAGAUAUGGCCCCGCCUCCACCACCUUGUAUGUGAGCUCAGGCAGCUCUAUAGACUGGGCCUACAGAAACGGGAUCUCGUAUGCGUUUGCAUUUGAGUUGAGGGAUACAGGACACUUCGGCUUCCUCCUGCCCGAGUCCCUGAUCAACCCCACCUGCACUGAGACUCUGAGGGCAGUGAAGGCCAUUGCAUCCGGUCUGCUUAAGAAGUGUGAAACAGACAGGGACAGAUUUCCAUAUAUAUGAGCACACUGUAGGUCCCCGAUCUCCACCUUCACCGUUACUUAUCUCGACAGCUCAUAUUCUUCUGAGAUUUCAUAUUCCUCCCAGAUAUAAUCAGGUGGAGAGCUGAGAAGGACCAGCAAAAAGCAUGCAUUUUAAUUUGCUAUUCUUGUGUUUGAGAUUAUUUUACUUUCCUCGUGAGAUAUGAACAGGAUCAGUGGGCCGUGACAUGUACCUUGCUAAUCCACUGUCUAGAUCUAAUGUUGUCCUUCCUCCUUCCAAAAAAAUCUUUACUGCCACAAAUAUAUUAUUAAUGUUGACUUUCCUAUGAUACAAGCUGAAAGGUGGUCAUGGUAGCACUCUUCAUAAUGCAACGCCACUUUUUUAUUUUUAUAAAACAACUAAGAUUUGAUUUUCUACCAAAAAUAUUUUCACAUUCCGGUUGCGUUCUAUUUUUAAAUGAGUCCCACCAAGUGCCAGUAACUUAAUGUCCAUGUAUUAAUGCCUUUAUUACUGCAACAUUGUUGGUGUAUGUACAUUAUGCUAUCACCUAUCUUGGGUUUAGUUUAAAUUGGAAUUUUUUAUUUUUAUUUUUUACACAUUUGGAUCAGACUUUUUACUUUGGUCGCUUACUGUCUUUACUCAGGUAUGGAUCAAAGACAAAGUCAGAAAUGUUUACUUUUUGACAGCUCAUGUGCUUAAUAUGAGGUUUUAAUGAAUGGAUGAUAUCUGAUUUAAUAAAUGUUGUUCUAUAACACUGUAAAUGUU